UUGGCAUGGUAAGCCAAUUUCCCCUCGACUAUAUGCAUUUAGUCUGCCUAGGCGUUAUGCGGAGGCUUCUACUUCACUAUUGGGUGCGGGGACGACCUCAUCGAUCAAAGCUCCCACCACGUGCACAGACUAGCAUCUCAACAAUGCUCAUGAAACUCCAGAGACACACCCCUCGGGAGAUGGCUCGGAAGCCCCGGAGUCUUCAUGAAUUAGAGAGAUGGAAGGCCACUGAGCUACGAAACUUCCUCUUGUACUUCGGUCCUGCGGUUCUAAAAGACCACAUGGAGAAGCGCUACUACCAGCACUUUCUCAAACUGAGCAUUGCAGUGUCAAUCCUGUCAAGCCCACGACUCUGCCAUGAGGAGAUUGAUUCUGCAGAGAAGCUGCUUGAAGAGUUUGUUUCUGAUGCUGGGGACCUGUACGGUGAAGGCAUUUACGUGUACAACAUACAUUCUCUGCUGCAUCUUACUGCUGAUGUGCGGAGGUUCGGUCACCUUGACUCCUUCUCUGCGUUCCGGUUUGAGAACUUUCUGGGUCAACUGAAGCGAGAUUUGAAGUCACCAAAUCGACCAUUACAACAGAUUGUAAAACGCUUAGAAGAGCGCAGUCAUGCUGACUUGCAUCCUAGAAUACCACCGAAGCAGCAGGCAUUGUUGCAAAAGCCGCAUAAUGCCGGACCAGCACCUCCAGGAUUUAAGGGAGAGCAGUAUCACAAGCUAGUUCUUCAAGGCAUGGUUCUGGAAGUGAACCUACCAGACUCAUGUUUUCUGAUGGAAGAUGGAAAUGUAGUCGUCGCAACAAAUGUUGUGUCCCGUGAUGGAGAGAUCAAGAUCUGUGGCCAGUUUUUCAAGAGAUUAACAAACUUCUAUGCCGGCAUUGUUGACACAACUGGACUGUGUACUUUCAGGGCUUCUCAGGUUUCGUCUGCAAAUGCUUUGUGGACUGUUGAACAGGUCAAAUCAAAGUGCUGCUGGCUUCCUUGUGGGGGUGAAUUUUUGGUUAAGCCACUCUUGCACACAGGAUAGCUCAGAUAAGCAAUAUCUGCCGUAAAUGUGCUCUCACUUAUAGUGUUGUUUUAAUGAGUAUAUAAUCAUCACGAAUAAAAAUAAAGUGUGUGUGCUAAUGUCUUUGGCAUAAAUUAUGUCUUUAUGCUAAUAACUGCUAGGGGAUUUUUAAGGACAUUUCUUCUGAUUAUAAGGCAUCUGUAGGUUGAAAAUUGAGGGAUUAGAAAAAAGCUGCUAUAAAUAGAACUGUUUAUAUGAUGGAAAGACCAAAAUAGAAAAGCUGUAAGGUGAAUGUCUAAUAAAAGGUUAGUUUUCUUUUGCUCAUGAUGUGUGCUCACUACUUUAGCUCUUUAAAUGAAUGAUAAUGUGAUUAUCCUUUGACUUGGUGAUUACACGUAACUAUUGUCCCAACUGAUAGAUAUCCCAGCUAAGAUGCCGCAAGUAUAAAAAGACUGAACACUCUACGCCAGAGGUACACAACCUUUUCGGGACUGCGAACCCCCAAAGCUUCUGAGUGCCCUCCGGCGACCCCCGCCUUAACUAUUUUUGGAGCUCUCCGAGGCUCUGUAGCCGCCAGACAUUUCCCCACAACCUCCAGUCUGUGCACCUCUGCUCUACACAAGUGAAAACCACUAUGUUGUUAGCAGGUGUCUUGCGAAACGCAAGAAAGACUUGGCAAACUUUUA